AAAUUGAAUUUUUUUAUUUGUUAUUAUUUCGAAAUAAGACUGAGAGAGAGUUAUAAAUAUUAAUCAACUAAAAAUAAUUAAUACUAACAAAAAAAGCAUUCUGAUAUUCUUCAAAUGACUGAUUCCUUAAAUAUACAGAACGAUUUAAAAUAGAAUUAAUAGGAUUAAAUGUUCUUCUAACCUAUGACGACCUGUAUCAAUCCACUUAAACAAUAAGAGGAUAACAAUUCAUCUAAGCAAGUUUUUAACAUACUUCAACCAUGCAGUAUAUCUAAAAAUAAUAUAAUUAACAAUAAUCUCAGUUACUCUCCCAAUAAGUUUCGUGAAUUGAAUUGCAAAAAAACCAAUAAAUAAGCUAAACGUUGUCAUACAGAAAAUAGUGUUAAUGAUGAAAAUGCCUAUAAAACUUAAAUUGAACAAGAUAUUAAAGAAAAUAUUAUUUAUUCCUCUAAUAAACUAAGGGUAGGUCUGUCUUAAAGCCAAAUCGAAUCUACUAAAGUUGAAAGUCUAAACGAAUCUAUAUAUAGAUAUAAUGAUCAAAGUGAGGAUUAAAGUGAAGCUCUCCUUGAAAAAGAUGAAGAAAUUUAAAUGUUGAAGGCUAAAAGAAUGGCAGAUAGCAUUGAAAUUCAAUAUUUAAAAUCUAUAAUUUAGGGCGUUCAAAAUAAUCUUGAUUCUGUGAGUAUUAUUGAUUAAGGUGAAAAUUUUGUUUUUUACAAUAUUCCAAGUUACUUUGAGAAUUAAGAAGAUAAUUAAAUGUAAGAAAAUAUAAGUGAACUCUAUGUUGACUCAGUUAUUUGUAGAAUGAUUGAGAAAAAUUGCUAUGAUUUAAGUAUUUAGGACUUAUAUUCUGACAUUUAAAAAAUAAAAGAAGAUAACUCAAAAGAAAUGUUCUUUCAAGAAAAACGCAUAUUUUAGCUGGAAAGUUUGAUUUAAAUUGAGUAAAUGCAUCACAGAACAUAUGAAAACGAGAAAAAAAAUUUGAUUACUAAAAUAGCAGAAAUGGAAAUUAAACAGGAGAACUUAUUAUCUUAACAAAAGUAAUACUAAGAAUUAAUCUAAAAAUUCAAGUAAGAAAUGGGCAGAUUAUAAGAAAAGUUAGAGUUUAGAGAGUACGAACUUAACUAACUAAAAGAAAAGAAAAAUGUUUAUUAAGCUAAAUUAAAGGACUGCUAAGAUCUUAAUUAAGAAUUUAAGUAGAGACUCGAAUAUAAGGAAAAACAACUUGAUGAUAAAGACAAGCAAUUAGAAGAUCUUAAGGAAUAAAUUAGUGAGCCACUUGAAAACAUAAACAUGGUGUUUAGCAUAGUGUCUAACUACAAGCAAACCCUAGCUCAGUUUGAUGAAAAGAUUUCUGAACUAAUUUAAAAAUAAAAAACAAUAGAUAAAUUAGAAAGAUAACUUGGAGAAAAAAAUGAAUAAAUGAUGAUGCUAGUUAAGAUGAGCAAUCAAAUGCAAGAAAAAAUUAAUUUAUUAAUUAAUGAAAAUACUCAGCAGGCAAUAUAUAUUCAUUCAAUCAAUUAAAAACUCUAAGAGUAAUAGCUGGAAAAUGAAAAGUUAAUUGAGGCAUAAAUGCAAAAACAACUAGAAUUAAAAUAAUAAGAAAAUGAUAAUACACCCACUAACGAUAUCGAGUCAACUCAAACCCAUCAAGAAAAUUAAGAUAAAACUCCUUUAAUAGAUAAUUAGUGCAUAAAUAACCAAUCUGAAAUUGAAGAUAAUCGAGAUUAUUUAAUAGAAAAUGAUACUUUUGAAGACAAUUGA